UAGCUACAUUCACUUCUUCUGGUUUGUAGUUGACUGGUUUUUCCAUGAGUGAAAUAAUGAAGCUUGAUGGACCGCAGGCUAUAAAUUUCGAAAACUGUCAUUCCUUAUUUGUCUGUCAAUCACGGUUAAUUGAAUGAGUAAAUUUUGCGUACGUAUCGUGAAUUGCAAAAAAUAGUUGAGCAGUGUUUUCUUUUUAUGCUAAAAAAGUGUCUAAUUUUACAGAGAAUAUUUAUAUUAGUUAUAAGGCGUCAGUAAUUGUAUAAAAGGCAGCCUGUAUCAACUCAUUCUUAGAGUCAGGAAUAUGAAAGCUUCCUAGAGGGGGAAUACAUAAGCUCUAAAACAUGUCUUGGCUUACAGUUAUCUUUCUGGUUACUACUCUUACAUUUCAUACUCCUUCAGAGGCUAGCCACGAGAAGAACGAUCCUUCUGCAGUUGUUGUAGGCACUGUCUACUGUGACUCAUGUUUCCAAGAGGAUUUCUCACAUACCAGCCAUUUCAUUUCAGGGGCUUCUGUUGAUGUGGAAUGCAAAGAUGGGAGUUCAACGAAACCAAGUUUUAAGGCACAAGUGAAAACAAAUAGCCAUGGACAAUUCAAAGUCCAUCUGCCCUUCUCAGUGAGCAAACAAGUGAAGAAAAUUGAAGGAUGCUCUGUGAAACUAAUCAGCAGCAGUGAACCCUACUGUGCUGUCGCCUCAUCAGCCACCUCAUCUUCCCUACACCUCAAGGCAAGAAAGCAAGGGACCCACGUAUUCUCUGCUGGUUUCUUCACCUUCAAGCCUCUCAAGCAACCCGGCUUAUGCAACCAGAAACCCAGCAUUCAGAAUUCCAAGAAAUUAAAUUCCCAGAAGUUCUCAUUCCCUCCUACUGAUGAGCUGGCAUUCCCAUCCCCCUCUCAAGCGGACCCCACAAUGCCUGAUCUCCCCCCCGUCCCUAGGAUCCCUUAUCUUCCACCACUGCCACAGCUUCCUCCUCUCCCUCCCACCCCAACUGGUCUCCCAGGAGGUCUCCCAGGCCUCCCUGGCCUCCCAGGCCUCCCAGGCCUCCAGGCCUCCCUGGACUCCCAGGCCUCCCAGGCCUCCCAGGACUUCCUGGAAUUCCAGGUUCUCCCCUUGCUGCUGGAAAAACUUCAUCUGGGUCGUCCAACUCCAAAACUUCAAAGAAUGGGCAACUAGGUGAUAAUAAAGAAUUAGCCCAUCCAGAUACUUUCUUUCCACCAAUUAUCCCUAAUCCAUUUCAGCCCCCACCAGCUCCAUUAAUUCCUAAUUUGCCUCCUCUUCUAGGUUCUCCACCAGCAGGUCCAGCACCAUUGAUUCCCAACCUGCCACCUAUACCUGGUUUCACUCCAUCGCCGUCGCCGCCACCACCAACCCUCCCAUUCCUCCCUCCAUUCCCAUUCCCCCUCCCACCUACGCCUCGGAUCCCUGGAGUCCCCCCAGCUUCUUCUUCAAAACAAGGCACUUCACCUUGAUCUAACCUAAUUAAUAGAUUUAACUACGAAUCAUGUAUAAUUAAUUUUCAAAUAAGGUGUUACAUGUUGGUUUAAGUUUUUAAUUAUGUUAAAAUUCUUGUAUGGUUGGUUGUGCAAUUAUCAGAAGAAUAUAUAUGUUUUACAUAGAA